UAUGUUGAUCUGGUCCCUGCAAAAGGAAUGCAGAUGAAUGAUAACCCUUUGUCGAUGGAGCACUGAGCAUUCAACCUCAACGCUAUUUUGUCGCUUGAUGAUUUCCAACAUUCUCGGAUCAGAAAUUUGAACUCGACUGCUGGCUCGAGAUAGCAACAACGCGGAUUCCGUUGCUGAAGAUGAUGAAUGUGAACAAUUGUUCAGUGAUCACGAUCAGAUGAGGCUAUGUAUGUCAAAGCCAGGCCAGCCCACUGAGCUCGAGAGCCAGCAGACUCGAUAGAUGCUGAAAACAUGGUCCUCUGCGGCUGUCAUGUACUGUACGAUGCCCUGAAUUUCUUGGCUCGAAGAGUUUCCAACCGUUUCUGGCAACCUGCGAUUCCACCGGAUAGGAGUGCGCAUAGGAAGAUCAACGACUCACUUUAUAUGCUAUACGACUUCGCAUCCAGCAAUGGGGCAUACGAAGACCCCACGGUGGACAUCAUCUUUUUCCAUGGGCUUCAAGUUCUCGAUUAUCACAAUGCCUACUGGAAGACUUGGACAUCGAAGGCGCAAGCAGACAAUGGUGCCGAUCAGAUAGACAUCUGCUGGCCAGAGAAGUGGCUAGGGCCGGACCUGGGAGACGCUCGCAUAUUCUCUGUCACUUACGAUUCAGUCUUGCUCCGGGGGAGAAGCGUUGGUAAACAGGACGUCUUGGCCAUAGGGGAUAAUUUUGUAGCAGACAUCAUCCUGAACGCUUCUGGCAUCGGGCCGAAGGUCGGCCAAAAUUGCCCGGUGAUUCUGGUGGGACACAGCCUGGGAGGUAUAAUGAUAAAACGAUUCAUUUCUUCGGCUCGGAGGAGAAAGGCAGAACUGGAGGAGGGCCAGAGUCGCCGAGAGGUGGAAAGGUUCUUGAACAACGUCAAGGGCACCUUCUUCUAUUCCACUCCACACCACGGGGCAAAUUUGGCGAGCUGGGCGACCAAAAUUCCCGACGCGAACAGUGAAGUGCUGGACUUGCUACUCGUGCUUAGUAAACAGACAGAGGGACUGAACGAGGCAUUCCGUUGUUGGCGUCAGGAGGCAAACGUGGGGUCAUACAAUAUAUGCGAGGCGCUUCCGACUUGCAAACUCGGCUUGAACGUAGGGAUGGUGGUGGAAGAAGCAUCUUCACGCUGCGACGGUGAUGGAUUUUCUAAAGUUCAAGCCGACCACUUUACGGUGUGUAAGCCGCCGAGUAAGGUAGACAACAGAUACGAGGCUCUUCGAGGAUUCAUUGAGGAAUAUGCUGGAGUUGACGAAACAAGGAGACCAGACGCUGCUUCCAUGCUUCAAAGCGAAGCGGGUGCGCAGUCCCCAUUCAGAGCUAGAGCUGCCACUAUGUCUACGCAAAAGAGACCGACCUUCAAGAGAACCCGAAAGACGUGAUUAGGAAUCUUCUCGAGUCAUAAAUAUGAUUCUUUUCUCACCUGGAAUCGCAAAACGAAGCUUGACCAGUGAUGCACUUUCGAUUCAUGAGAGUAUGUUGAAUGCAUCAUAGGCAUCACAAGUCACAUUUAUGGAAAUUCAUCGAACAUGAAAAUAAAGGCCUGAG